GCAUGCCUAAAAACAAGAUCAUCGACGUUCGUCCAAAGAAACGCAAACAUAGCCAGAAGUCAGAUGAAUCACUUUUACCUGACUCAAAAGACAAAUCUAGACGAACCACUGAACAUAUCCCGCAUUUUUCAAACGAUAAGCCUCGUCUUGCAAGGUUAAAAAACCGUGGACAUGGUGAGAAACACUUCAACUUUGAACUACCCUUCGGCAGAACAAUCCAGAAAUGGCUGUUUACUGGCUCUCUGGUGGUCGUUGCUAUAGCGGUUCUCGUUCUCUUUCUGCUUCACUACUACAAAUCAUGGAGUCAAGCCCAACUGGUCAAUUCGCCGUUGUCCCUCACUAGAGUGAUAUCUGAGGAUGCCCUUUCAAAUGAACUUUUCUGGGGAACUUACAGGCCUGGACUCUAUUUCGGCUUGAAGCAUCGUAGUCCAGAUUCGUUGAUGAUUGGGUUGAUUUGGGCCAUCCAAGAUUCACAGAACCCUAGAUUUUUGCACCUAUGCGAUUCAAACGAUGGUGUUUUGAACUACAACUGGCUGGAGCACGAUGGUCGACAUUUUGGUACGCAACAGAUUGUGGACCUUCAGCAUGUGAUCACGGUUUCCUUCGUUAAGCAACCCACUGGCUUAGUAGGUGGUGAUUGGACAUUCCGCAUUUCUGUUUCCCCAAGAAACCGCACUCACCCUACACCACCACUUUUUGUUGUCGUAUACUACUAUUACCCAAACUCCAACGGGCAUUACUCAUUUGUUCCUAUCGUGGACGGGGAUGCAGUCAUUGGAAUUAGAGGACAUACUGCUCAUCUGGGAGAUCACCACAUAUUCUUCCAUCCGAAUAAAGAGGCCCUCCAAGUCAGCUCCCUCAUGACCUGGGUUCCCAGUGAGGAGCAGAUUUUGAAUACAAUGAUGGCCGGCCUCGGCGUUAGGCGAGACACCGGGUUGAUGACACUGAUCGGUACCUUGAAGGAAGUGAAGAAAGAUACCAUCGCGAACGCGUGGUUUCACGAGAUCACUGUAGAUCCUCACACAUCUGCAAAUCCGUGGGAUUCCAUUCAACCAGACAUGACCGUUAUUGAGGUGGAAUUUUCACAAACGGGGCAAAGCAAUGGUCUUACUGGAGUGAAGUUUGAUGAACGAUUGAAAAUGCUGUCCCUCAAUUUCCAUAGACGUUAUGCUGAACGAUUCCCCGUUGACUUGAACAAGUUCACUGAACGCCAAGUAAACCUUUCGAAGAUUGCUGUUAGCAAUCUGCUCGGUGGUCUGGGAUACUUUCAUGGCACCUCCCUCAUACGAUCAGAUAUCACUGGGCCGGACCCUGUGUCCAGUUGGCCCAGCUCUCUGUUCACGGCGACUCCAUCUCGUUCGAUGUUUCCAAGGGGUUUUCUUUGGGACGAGGGGUUUCACAGUUUGAUUCUGACUCGGUGGGACUCGGAACUUGCCAUGGAUACCAUCGGUUACUGGUUGGAUUUAAUGAACGGUGAGGGCUGGAUUCCACGUGAACAGAUUUUGGGUCUUGAGGCCAGAUCCCGUGUCCCUACCGAGUUCUUAGUACAACACAACACAGUCGCCAAUCCUCCAGCGCUCGUCCUGGCUGUGGAGGCUCUUCUAGACGCAAUGCCAGAUUUCUCGGCAGAAGAGGCUGAACGCUUUCGCCAUUGGUCUGCUCUGGUUCUUCCUCGGCUACACGCUUGGUACCAGUGGUUCAAUCGCACACAAUCAGGGCCUUUGCCUUUAUCUUAUCGGUGGCGUGGUCGGGACCCAAAAGAGACAAGGCAGCUGAAUCCGUUAACACUCAGUUCUGGUCUGGACGAUUUCCCUCGCGCUUCUCAUCCAUCCAAUACAGAACGGCAUCUUGAUCUUCGCUGUUGGAUGGCUUUUUUCGCUCGCAUCGUCUCUCGUCUAGCGUCAUUUGUAGCCCAAUGCCUGCAAACUGAUGAUGGUCCCUCGCGAUUGCAGAAAUUGGAACAGACUCGUUCGUUGUCUGCGACAUACAGUCGUUGGGCUGAUUUACUCUUCGACCUAAAUUCCCUAGAUCGGUUGCAUUGGUCUGGGAGCUCCAAUCGUUACGCUGAUUAUGGCUUCCAUAGUGACGCUGUUCGUUUGCAACAACCUGAACGCAAUACCAAACAGUCACCUUUUGAACCCGAGGAGCCUGCGGAACCAGUGCGUCAUACUGACAAGGCACCGACACCUCAGCUUGUGACCUCCGCCUUUGGAUAUGUAAAUCUUUUCCCUCUCUUGCUGCGUAUCGUUCCACCCAAUUCACAUCGGUUGUCUCAGCUUUUGUCCUCAGUUGCAAGCCCCGACUUGUGGACAGAAUUUGGCCUACGAUCCCUGUCGAACACUUCUUUGUGGUAUCGCAAAUCGAACACGCGAAAUGACCCGCCCUACUGGAGGGGCGCCAUUUGGUUGAACAUUAAUUACCUGGCUGUGCAUAGUCUUCGCUACUAUGGAAAACAUCCGCGCACUCCUACCGAUUUAGCGGUUGAGGCUAACCGAUUGGCAACAUCGUUAUCACAAAAUCUUGCCCGUAUGGUUCUAGGGGAACUCGAACGAACCGGUUUCCUUUGGGAACAGUAUGAUGAUAUCACUGGUCACGGCCAGCGCGCCCAUCCAUUCUCCGGCUGGACGUCUUUAGUUAGCCUUUUGAUGGUUCAGUAACUUCCCACUUGUUUUGUACUUUGCACAGUCGUUGUUUCCUCAAUGUUUUGACGUUUAUUUUGUCGACCUGUUGUUAUUAUUAAUUUGCAGUUGACUGCGUUGUGUGAUACUUAACUCUUACUUCGUAGACCGGGUUGAUUCUGCCCAGCUACUGGGCGGUGCAGUUGCCGGUCCAAGAGAAGCACCCCUCUCUGAAUUGUACCUGUCACUAGCCAAUAGCGGUCUGUUCUCCCGCUUCUUGUCGAACGCAAUCGACGUUGUCGUCAGGCACGGAAUGUGAACGUUCUGACACACACAGUCGUGUGGCUGUGAUCGAAUGAUACGAAUCACAGUCCAUGAACAAAUUGGACAAAUGUCCUGUGCUAUUGAAACAGUAACCAUAGUGAACGC